UUUUAUUCAGAUUAUCAGUGGUUGUGAUCUCUAUAUCAGUUACUUUUAUUUGAAUUGGUAGUUUAAAAUAAGAAAUAUGAAAUUCUUAUUUCAGUCUACCCUAAAAAACUGAGUCAAUUGAGAGAUAAAACUGACAGGGUGCUUGAUGUUUUGGUUGAUCAUGCGACUCAAAUGAAAAACAAAAUACCAGAUUGGUUUUCAUACAACAAUAUGUAUCGCUCUGGUGAGAGUAAUACCAUAAAUGGCGGAAUCGACAAUUUGUACCUGUCUUAUGGAAACCAGAUCUCGGUCUCUGUGAAGAGUCCUCCUCAAUCUGAAUUUGUUACAUAUGAAAGAAAAUUCACAAUUGGCGAUUCAAGCGUAAAUACUGCCAAAACGGAGCCAUUCAUCUUUGUGUCGGCGUUUGAGAACAAAGAUGGAAGAAAAGAUUUUGAAAUACAGACUUCCGGAUUUUAUAUCAAUUCUAAAGGAUUCACCAGUGGCAAAGGUAGUAUAACAAAAGGCAAUUUCCAAUUGGAUUAUCUAACGCCCAUAGUUUACUCACCCGGAAACACGCAUCCAGGGCUUGGGGAAUAUUUUUUUGUUGUUCACAGCGAAAAGUAUUGGAAUUCUGUAAAACCAACGGAGUUACAAAAUUCAAUUCAAUCUCCAUUUUCCACAACAGUUAUAUUCAAUGGAAAACCUUUGAAUGUCGUCAUAGGUUACCUUCUGUUGACGAGGUAA